GCUUCACAAAUUUUUAAUCAGCGGCAUGAAAGUUAUUGGUGGUCUGAGCUGUGAUCGUACUGUAAAACAUGCAAGAAUCCAUAUUUGUAGGACCUGCUCAGCUAAUCUGAUCCAUGGUUGUCAAGAAGCACGUGCCUCAAUUUUUUAUGCAGAACAUUCGGAGAACACAUUUUUUGGUUAAUGGCUAAUCUGAUCCAUGACUGUUAGGAAAUUAAUCUAGAGUUGUAGGACGUCCACUACUUUGUUUGUUGGUCGUUGACAUGACCAGAAUUAGCAGCGGUCACCAAACUUGGCGCCAAAAUUAGCACCACGAGCUCUGUACAUGAACACGCACAAGCUAAGAAGAAGAGCCCCUAAUUAACCAUCAAUCCUAAUCAACAGUCUUUGUUCAGCCAUGCGAAGGUGUCGACGAGCGCUCCGGGCGGCGGCCAUGGCGGCCGCCGUCGCCGUGCUGUGCCUGCUCAUGGCCGGCGCCGCCCACGGCGACGAUCUGGGUUACGCGACGACGACGACGGCCACGGAGACGAAGCAGGAGCCGUCGUUGCAUAGCCUGUUUAAGCACCUGCCGCUCUGGUCGCAUCCGGGCUCCGGACAUUGGAGUUAUUCUUACAAGUACACAUCAUCGUCCUCCUCCAAGAAGCCCAGCGAGCCGGCGCCGGAGCAGCCGAGCGAGCCGGCAACGGAGACGACGACCGAGCCAGCGCCGGAGACGUCGAAGCAGGCGGACGAUUCCUACACACAAAAGCCAGAGCCGGCCACGCCGGAGCCGGAGACGCCGAGCGAGCCAGCACCGGAGACGCCGACGGAGCCGGCGCCGGAGACGAUGACGCCGGCGGACGACUUCUACACGAAAAAGCCAGAGCCAGAGCUGACGCCGGCCACGCCGGAGCCCGAGACGCCGGCGGCGGGCGGCUAUAGCGGCGGUGGCGGCGGGAAGAGCUUGGACGAUGACGGCGAGCCGACGGACGGGCUGAGCCCCAAGGCCAUCGCCAACAUCCUCAAGGAGCACAACGUGUUCCGCGCCAAGGAGCACGUGCCCCCGCUCAAGUGGAACGCGACGGUGGCGGGGUACGCGCAGAAGUACGCGAACGAGCGGAAGGGUGACUGCGCGCUGGAGCACUCGACGGGGCCGUACGGGGAGAACCUGAUGUACGGUCAGGGGAAGGCGUGGACGUGGCGGCACACGGUGGACGAGUGGAGCGAGGAGAAGCGGAGCUACCACUACGGCUCCAACACCUGCGACAGCGGCAAGAUGUGCGGCCACUACACCGCCGUCGUCUGGAAGCACACCACCGACGUCGGCUGCGGCCGGGUCACCUGCACCAGCGGCGACACCCUCAUGGUCUGCAGCUACUACCCGCCCGGCAACUACGUCGGCGAGAAGCCAUACUAGAAACUAUUCAUUAAUUCUUUGUUUCAUUGGUUUCCCCAUCGUCCAAGAUCUCGCCGGAGAAGAAGCUUGUAACUGUAUGAUGAUGAUGAUCAAGCCAAGCAUGUUCGUGUAAACCAAAAGUGCAAUUCUUUCAUGGGCCGUUGAUCGAAGUGCAAUUGACUACUCUAGAGAACAUCAUUCAGGCC